UGUAGAUGAUCGUUCGAUAAGGAUUUUUCGAGUCUGGAUAACGGAUCGGGGCUUUCCAUGAUGCAAUCGUCUGGGGUUUCGAUUGUUUACUUCUGCGGAUAGAAAAUCGGAGAGGAAACCUGGAAGCGUAACCUAGCUUAUUGCCGAGAAAGAGUCUGAGAAACAUAAAAAGAACCUGACCAGCCAAUGUGUUUGAGCUACCUAUUCUUGAGAUAAUAUCUUUCUUCCCAAGCUCUCACCCUCAAGCAAGCUUCCAUCAUGUCGUCCGCCGCAAAGAAGCUUAUCGUCGCCGGAGGCAACGGUUUCCUGGGCUCCAGGAUCUGUCAGGCGGCUGUCCACAGAGGAUGGGAUGUAACAUCUAUCAGUCGCUCCGGCCAACCCAACUGGUCUUCCGUAUCCGCCUCCCCCUCCGCUCCCUCCUGGUCGACCGCCGUUUCUUGGGAGCGCGCCGACAUAUUCCGCCCCGCCGAAUGGAUCGCCCUCCUGAACGGUGCUGACUAUGUCGUCCAUUCUUUGGGCAUCCUCCUCGAAGCCGACUACAAGGGCGUCAUCUCCGGUCGGGAGUCUCCUAUUGCAGGCCUUCAGAAGGCCUUCUCGCCCCGUCACACCCCAAACCCGCUCGAGCGUCGUCCUGGUGACGAGCUCCGUCCUCCGACCAACGCGAACCAGUUGACCUACGAGAUGAUGAACCGCGAUAGCGCCAUCCUGCUCGCCAAGGAGGCCGCUAACAAGGGCGUCAAGGGCUUUGGCUACAUUUCCGCUGCGGGAGGAGCUCCCGUAUUGCCGAGCAGGUAUAUCUCAACCAAGAGGGAGGCUGAGGACGUGAUUGCGCGGGAGUUCCCCGACAUGCGGAGUGUAUUCUUCAGGCCGCCAUUUAUGUACGACAGCUCGCGGCCUGUGACGAUGCCGUUGGCGGCGAUGACCAUGGCGGGAAGUAUCUUCAACGGGGCCACAGGAGGAGUGCUAUCCAACUUCUUGGGGAGUGCGGGGACGAAGCCUCUUAAGGCAGAUCUGGUUGCGGAGGCGGUGGUGGAAGGAUUGGACGAUACAGCGGUUAAAGGGGCAGUUGAGGUCCCCGAGCUGGAGACGUUGGCGAACAAGGGCUGGAGGAGAACUAUGCUUUGAAAGCAAGGAAUCGGCUCAAGUGGUCUGUAUUUUACCUGAAUCAUAACCUUGGCAAUGUAUAAAACGAUGAUGCUUGAUAUAUAAAAACCAAUAA